CACCUCAGCUGUAGCGAGGAGCGCAGGCAGCCAGCAACCAGCGCGUCUCCGCCUACCAAUAGGCAUGCUCGGCUCAGCCUCCGUGCACGGCUCAGUCUCAGCAGGGAACGCUGAGCGCAGGGGGAACUGCGACGGCCGCGCCAAGCAUCUUCCCAGUGAUGGCCUCUGCUGAGCAACCGUGCUCCAGCUUGCACCAGCGGCUCUGCACAUAAGGAACACACCCGCGUUUGCCCUCCCGCCCAGAAGUGAGAGAGAGAGACAGACGCCACCAUGUACAGCGUGGAGGACCUCCUCAUUUCUCACGGAUAUAAGUUGCCCAGGAGCGGCCCCCCGUCUGCCGCGCCUUAUGACAAGCGCCCCGCUGACUGCCAGCGCGACCUCGUGGACAACAGGGCUGGCCGAGGGACGCUGAACGGGUAUGAGGCCGACCGCGGGGCGUCUAUCACGGGCCUCUACGGCAGCAGGCAGGCACUGGUGAAGGGCUACCCCGCCGCGGACAUCGAGGGCGGGGAAAGGAUCCUGAGGAGGAAGGAGCUCGGCAUCGGUAUCCUAGGUGACGCUCAGCCCUUGGGCGAUUCUCUGGCCACAGAUAGUGGGUUCUACGAUGUUCCUAGUUUGACUUAUUCAGAGUCGCUGAGCCACGACGAGAGGGAUGUUUCCUACUGGCGGAGGCGAGGUCAGGACUUUAGUAUCCUCCUGGACUAUGCUGAUGGCAGGGAGCUGAGGGCCUCGGCUGGCGCAUGGAGGCCACAGGCCCUGAUCGCAGCAGAGGAACACAGAGCAGAGAGGCAAGCGCAGCAACUAUGGGAAGACAUUUCCUGGCUAAGGGACCUGGAUGCAGCCCCUGGUCAGCUAAGGGUGACUGGAGAGAGGAAGUGCCAGAGCCUCGGUACAGAGGAGUGGAGGCCUGCUGUGGGCCUGGGAAGGCAGCUGUCCGAUGGGGACGGGGACAGGUGGGCUCAGGACCAGUACCGUCUGAGGACACCUGAGGGUUUUUUUCACCCAAGAACUAAGGCAAAGUCUCAGUCUCUCCCCAGAGUUUUGUCACCCGAUGGAACUGCCAGCAGGGAGCUUAUUCCCUCCAGGCCGAGCCUUCCUGAUAGACAGAGGAUAAGCAGCACUGUCUUCUCUGGACCCUAUAGUAGGUAUAUCUAUAGUGGUGCUGUUGUCAGGGACCGGUGGGGUAGGAAUGCAGGGCCAAGCAGCCAUGUUGCACUUUUACCAAAGCCCAGGUUCAGCAGGCCUUUAAAGCCUCCGUCUUAUGAGAUUCACCAGCAGACUAGGGGUAGCGCAGAAAUGCUCGCUAUAGAGCAAGGUGCCAAACAAAAAGAAAGGCCUAUCUACUAUCCAAGGGGUGGGGAGCUGAGACAAGACUAUUUCGCACAACACUCCCUCACUGGAAUGGAGCCCCCGGGCUACAUCCCACCCCCAUCUUAUAGAAGAGGCCCACCCCCGAGAGCAGUUUCGAUGAACCGCAAUGAAAUGGCAAACCUAAGAUGGAGGGCGGAAUCUCUGCAGAUGCCCCACUCAGAUCCUGGAAGGUGGUUUUACAGACAGGCAGGUUCGUGGCUGGAACAUUACGGAGCCCGCGCUGCUUCCUAUAGAAAACUGCUACAUUCUGGACACGAAGAACAACCAGGCCAUGCCCGUCCAUUACCCUCCGAAGACCCAAGAGUGAAGCAAAUCUCAGGAGGGCCUUGCGGAAAUUCUCUCACUGACACUGACAAGAUCCGUAACGUCAACAAAGACGUUCUGCCCGCUAAGAUAUUAGGACAAUCUACACAUGAUAGUGCCUUUCCUCCCCAACAGGGGUCAGCUCUCAAUAUCGACACCCGCAAAACAGCUCUCACUGAGAACGACAGCAGUAAUCGAUGGUGCAACAGGGGAUUAAACAAAAAAAGUGAAAGCGUAGGGCCUGAACAAAACCGCAGUCAAUUUUUUCCUUCGUCUAUUCUGGGUAAACCCCCACCUCCCCCAUGUAAGCCGGCCGACCAGGGUGUCUCCGAAACUGUGACUGAAGUAAAAAAGGUGGAACUGUCUGAACCACCAGAGAAAGACAAAUCCAAGAAUCUGAAAAAGAGACUUAGCGAAACAAUUUUUUGUUUGGUGUCUGUACCUGUUACUCCAGUUACCACUGGAACAAUCCGGGAUCAGAAUAACAACAAUGAGAAGUCACCAGACCCAGCGGACAGUCCAAGUGACAACAAAACUGGCCAUUUAACAAACCAAAGUCUCCAAAGCACAUCUUCAGCUGAAGCUGAGUUGCAAGCACUUACUGGUAGCAUAGCGAGCAGCAAAACAAGUAGUCGAGCGAGCAGCAAAAUGUUUAAAAAAGUACCCUGUAGACCCCCUAAAAUAAACCAUUACAAGGAGAUGAAGCUGUCGGGAACGUGGCCUGCAAACCAGUAUAGAGACCAGGAGACACAAACUAGCCCAGAGGUCCAAAAACCUGACUCUGAAAACAAGGAAGCACAACAAGACCCUGUCCCUCCUGGUACUGAAAUCCCUCCUGAAAGCAGCGGUGUAGUGGGCACAGGCUUCAGCUUUCCUAUAAAGGGAGUGAAGAGCCUGAAACUGUCAAGCAACAGCGCCUUCUCCCUAACCGCCACCUUCUCCAACCAGCUGAACAAGAGCACAGCUCAGCAGCCAGCAGUACCACCCUCAGGAAAUGUGGAGGAGACCAAACCAGCAGCAAGUGGUGGGCAGGAGCCAUUUGAGCAGUUACUGCUGAGACCAGCCAGCCAGCGCCCAUGGGAUGCUGUCAAAGAGCUGGAGACCAUCAAAAAAGAGGUACAGGAUCAAGAGCAGCAGCAGCAGGAGCAGAGCAGCAAACAGCCCAGUGUUGACAAGUGCAUAGAGGACCUCAACGAGGCCUACAAAGACAUCUUGGAGCUAGGCACUGCCAGCAAUAAAGUCCCAAACGGUUCUGUUCAAAUCCCUGAGCGUAUCAAAAUCCGAUUGACAUCAGAACCUCUCAACAAACCCAGCAGCCUUAGGCGCAGUGCAGUCAGCUGGUCUGUUGACCCAGAAUACAGGGAAGUCAAGAGCGCCUUCUCCAGGCCCGCAACAAAGUCUGUGACCUUCAGCAAGCAACUUAGGGAGGAGCUUCCCGUCCCACCUCGGGAGACAGGUUUCAGAGAAUACAGGGUUCUAACGCAUCUUUCGCGCAGACGGAGCAACGACGGCAGGACAGUGAAACUGGACCUGCCAGAUGAGCCUAUUGAGACACCACUUUGCGACUUCAGUCCGACAACCAGCACCGCAGCAGCUGAGGUGCCGUGGGCAGAUAGGCAGCCCAUGCAGGACGCCUCUACGCUCACCAGUCCUCCCGAUUAUGAGGACAUAUGCCAGACUUUGCGUCACCCCAGAGACCCGGCGGACGGCAGCAAUGCGGCCGCAGGCCAUAUUAGAUCUAAUGGCACCGGGACGCCUCAAGAUCUCAGCGCCGAAUCAGAGGAGGAUUGCCCUAUUUGUAAAAGAGAGCUGGAGAAUCAGAUGAGACAGGGCCCAUUGCCUCCACUUCACGAGGAGAACAGCUCAGAUAGCUCGACCAAUCAAAACGGCAGUCCACCGCGACGUGCUGCUUUGGAAAGUCCGGCAGGAGAUACAGAAGCAGAGGAGCUGAAAGACUCAAGUUUGAAUCGGUCAGGGUCUGGGCAGUGUGCUGAGAUACGGGAGCAGCAUUCAAUGACACUGGAAAUUGUGGGAGUGGGUGAGAAAACGGACAAUGCUCAGGCAGAAAACGCAGUUACUCCCGCUGGGAGCAUCCCUCCAAAUGGAGCCACGGAGGAGAGCCCGUCCACAACAGCAAUUGAUGCGCCAGCAGACCCCCAAGUCACAGCGGCACAGAGUGCCGGUGAGACAGCAACUAAGGAAGGAGAGUUAGGAGAGAAGGAAGCCAUUACAGGAAAAACAGCUGCGGGCGUCGCACCCAAACAGGCAGCUGAAGUGAGAAGUGAGUGUGAGGGACUAGAUGGUUCGAUGCCUGAUGACAAGCAGGAGCAAGAGAAGAAGCCAUUUGCUGCUCCAGAGCAUCGAUUCGGCCCGUGGGCUCAUCUGGGGCGAGACCACCCGGGUCUACCGGAGUUUCCGCCAGACAGACUGCCACUUUCAGUUCCCCCAAACCUAGACCGGAGGCUGUCUCUUAGUUUAGAGGGGGAGAGGAGAAGCAAGGGCCCCGCCCAGCGAAUGGAGGAUUUGCAGACCAAGCUGGCCAUUUCCCCGGGUCGCGUGGCAGUGGAGCGCCUGGACCGGAUGAGGGAGGUGGACAUCAUGUAUCGCGUGAGGCGCCUCAGCAUCAGGAGUACCGACUCUGGGGAGGGUGAGGCGGAGGGGGAGGGCAAGGACGAACAAGAGGAGAAGCCUCACCCCGCUCCUCAGGGAGACAAGGAGAACGAUCAAGAUUGGGAGGUCACCCAUUCACGGCAGAUCUCCCAGAAGACAGUGUUGCAAGACGAGGAGAAUUCAUCUCUCUCAGAACCCCAUGAUCCCAGCCGAGUGGAGACAGCGUAGAAAGACUGCGUCCAACAUCUCCAUCUGAGGUUUUUAGCUCCAACACUGUGACCUGGCUGCCUACUAGAAUGCCUUCAUCUCAUCUUGACACUAAAAUGGCCUUCUUGUCCGACAAGAGCAUUGUGAACACCCUCACCCUCGGCGCUGCGUUGACUACUUAGAGUGCUGUUCCACUGCCAAAGGGAGGUGCCCCUUUAACUUGUGGGGCAACUUCCACUUCAAUAUCCCUCCCCGGCCUUCCCAAUCUCACCUCCCACAACCCCCUCCGUCCUCCAUCCCCAAGCCCAUCCUCCUGUAGGGUUUUUACUAGUUAAGUCUUCUUGUAGCGGCUUGUCCUUUCUAUUCUACCCUCCCUAUGCUUUUUUCAUUGGCAGACAUUAUGCAAUUCUGUCGUGCAUACUUAGAACUUCUAAAAUAAACAAAUCUAUUUGUUUACGGGCGAGCUGUUAAGGAUAUGAAUGUAAGCGUUUAUGUUUAACCUAACGUAGACUUAGAAGGGUUAUCGUCACAAACCUGUUGUUGCAUUUAAACUACACCAAAAUAAACUGCGUAUCUGAUUGUCGUGGUGAGGCGACACCUGUUUUAGAACUGGGCAUCACUGUCUCUGGCUCAAGAACUGUUUUGAUUUUCAGAUCAAUCAGCCUUUCUUUUGUAAAAUUUGAACAACAUUGUGCCCUUUCUCGUUGCUUUUUUACACACUGCAACCACAAACCCAUAGCGCUCUUCAAUGAAGAGUGACUACACCACAUGGCGUGGUAGACUAGUAACCUAUCAUACGUUACCUUGGUUCUACGCUGGAGAGGGAGAGCUGCCUUCUUUCACCAGAUGUGUGUUAGUCCUCUGAUCAAUCCGAUGUAUAGCUCCCAUUUCCAUGUAAUUUCAGGAAGCAAUAAAGGCACGGAUUGAGUCCAAGUGGCGGUUGGCAAAUUUGGUAAAUUUAAAAGAUGGAUAUAGGGAUUAAGAACAAAAAAAGAUAGGUAGAGCAAUAUUGUUGUACAAACAGCUCGGUGGUGUAGUUGAGCUACCUGUAGGAACCAUUGUCAGAAGUUUUAAUGUGUACGUGUCAUUCAAAUCAUAUUACAGGGAUAUGGAAUCGUGUCAGGGUAUAUGGGCGCUUACUUCAUGAUAUAUAUCUAUGUUCACACAUCUGUAUCGCAAAAAGACGCCAUUUCACGGAAGAUUUAUUUUUUUUAUCAUCAAAUUGUUAGUCCGUUUGCAUAAUGUACAAAAUAAAGUAUAUUUUAAAUAUUUUCAGAGAUAUUUUGUAUUUAGCCAUGACAUUUUAUUUCUCCACACUUCAAGCUGAAAGUAUCAUAUGUCCGUAUAGAAUCGUACUGAGAGUAGACAUAAUUUUCUAGUGCUUUAAAUCUAAGUGAUAUAAAGAGGGGUGGCGCUGUGGUGUGCCUUCAUCACACGGUUCGGUUUCAGUGGGCGACAGGGUUCAUCAUCGCCAGUGUUGAUGUGGUGGAAACUUUUUGAUUGUGCCAUGAUUUCCUAUUUGAUAGUGCUUUUUCAUACGCUAACAGAGUCAAUGUUGGACAGUCUUUGUGAUAUUCGAUACAUCAAUCCAUCUCAGCUGUAAUUCCUAUGUUGGUGGUCAGACAUGACCGGUGUCUUAUUUUUGUCUUUGUAUGUCUUCCAAUUCAAAUCAUGUAUUGUUAUGUUGUUGGUUCCUCGAAAACAUUCUUAGAAAUAAAAUUGGGAAAUGUUUUUUCUUUUCCUUCCUUCCCCACCUUCCUUUCCCUCCUCCUGCUUACCUCCUACUUUCUUUCUUGGUUUCUGUCAUUCCACAGUGUGUUCAUUUUGUGUAAAAUGUUCUGCCGUUCCUAACACUUAUUGCACUAAAGGAUUCAAUGCAGUAUGCUAUUUUUGGCUAAAAACCACAAAUUUGCCAAAAAAACAACUACUAAAACAGAUUUCCUUUUGGAAAAUUCAAGGGUUUUUAAUACAUUUUGAAUAAUCACUCAAAACUUAAUUAAUGAAAAAACAAUCCUGUGGAUGGAAAAAGUCUGCAGUUAAGUGGUUUUCUCCAUAACAGCAGCACUGCAUUGGUUUAAUGUAUCAACAGAUUUGUAGUAAACCACCACUGUUUAAUCACUUACCAAGUAUCACAUAAUUGUUAUGUAGCAUUUUACAGUUGUAGCAUUUUAUCAACUCAGAACUUUGUCUUGUAUUUCAAACAUUUCUUGUAAAUUUGGAAUAAUCAUGUCGCCUUAUUAUGUGUGCAUUACAUUAUACUCCAGGCAAUGCCAAAUAUUAACCUGCUAAGCACUGUUUCAUACCUUCGGUUUUUUCAAACAACUUACUGCUCUGCCAUCCCUCUGGCUGGAGUGGUACAGUAGCAUUGUGGAUAGUUUCUGCUCUUCAUGCCGUAAAUCUGUAGGGAACAUUGAAUCAAAACUGUGAACUUCAAAUAAUACAAAAAGCAUAAUUUCAAAAAGUACAGGAUGAGCUCCAGUGUUUCAAGACAACUACACAGUCAGCAUCACUGGGAGGACAAGCUGGCAAGGCCAUAAUUACUGAAUCAUCUCAUUUUCAAUUCAUUUUGCAGACUGAAAGGCUCAGCCUUGGUCUUGUGUGUAAACUGCCCCCGACGACAUUUGAAAAGCUAUUUCAGUACAUACGCCCCCCAAAUAAUUGGCAUGUCAGAUACACUUGAACAUAGUGUCAUUUGACUUUUUGUACUGCAGGUUAUGUGCAACAUGAAGUAAUUAUGCACACUUGUAAUAUUUUCUAUUUUCAUAUGAGAUUUAAGUGCUUUUUUGUACUCACUGACAUUUUUUUUCUUCCUUGCAUGUAAUGCAAGAAAGAGGAGGAAAAAAAUGUUUUUCAUAAAGUAUAUUUGCAUUUGGUACUCCAAUAGUAAAUUGAGUGGGCAAACAUUAUGUUUCAUAAUUUAAUUUAUAAAACUAUGCCAAGUAUUUAAAAGCUAUUUUUAGAGUAUAUAAAAAACUCAUUCAUUUUUUUUCCUUUAAGACAUGCCUUUAUCUUUGUAUCUAUAAAUAUGAGCAUAAUCCAUAGUCAUAUGAUUGUGCUACUGUUGUAUGAUACUGCAGUCUGAUUCAUAAAUAAACUCUUUGCAUGAAA